GCUUGUGCAAGAGGAUUAGUCAAAAAACUAUUUUUCCAUUUUCUUUUGCAAAGAUUGGGUACAAUGAAAAUCAAAUUCAUAGGUAGAGAAAUGCAAUGCUACAAUCUUGAUAUCACCUAUGCUUUUUUUCUGGCCAGACUCAACAUGAAUACCGUCACAUUUGUCGCCCUCGCCCUUGUCGCCGUGGUAGGUCUCGCCACCGCCCAAUUCGACGGUUAUUACGGUUACCCCAGCUACCCCGGCGUGGGCCCCGUGCGUACCGGAGGAUCCGGACUCGGAAAUGGCGGAUUCCUCGCUCUGAUCGGUAUGUUGGUGCUCUUCAUGGCUCUUUUCGGAAACAACAGCGGCACCAGCGACCAGAUCAUUCUGGUAAACUCUACCCUUGAGGGUUAACCAGUCGUGGUCGGCGCCGCCGGUCAAGGCGGUUAAUGCCUGGCUAGCGCUUUUACUUAGGUAUGUAUAACGAAUGAUUCACAGUUUAUAUCACAUAUUGCAUUUUAAAUAUUUAGAUUUAAAUGUUAAUAUUUAAUAAUCGUAACCUUUGAAAACAUCGUGUAGUCUCAACUGCAAUCCAAGUGUAUCCGAACAUUGAAA